UGUCACUGAUGACGUUGCACGAAUCGCCGAGAGGCGCCUCUAGUGGCGACCAGGCCGGAGUCACCGCCAGACCAAGCUGCGAUUGCGGCUGCAGGUUGAGCCGCUAAUUUUGGACUUUGGAGGCUCCGAUGAUCGUUCGAAGCGAGUAGACGUCUGUCAUUCGACAGUCAUACCAGUUAAACUACUUCGGCCCCGCUGUUGUCUUUUUCGGCGCGACGGCGCUCACAGGAGGAUGCUAACGAAUUGACCGCCCUUCUUUGUCGCGCUCCCUCCCACCAGUUCUUGUGGUCCUUCUUCUUCGUGUCUGCUUCCCGUGUCUUGCCAGCCAGGUCACUGCGAAGAUGGCAGCGAUGUGGCGAGACGCCGCUGCUCAGCAGGCCGAGGUUCUUGCGAGUCGCUUGCGGGAGUUACUGUCUGUUGGCGUGGGCCUCCUCCGCUCAGAAGUCGGCGUAGACCUUGGACUCCAGCCGGAGCUAUACCCAUCAUGGGUGAUUUUGCUUACGGCCUUCCUCGGGCUGCUGGUCGUCGUGCUCAUGUGGGCCGCGGCAUGCACUGGCAGGAAGAGAGAGGCUCGGGUAGUCCAGCAGGCGACCAAGGCACCGGCUGCGAAGAGUGUCAAGCCUGAGGAGUCGAAGAAGAAGGGCAAGAAGAAACCUGUUGAAAAGCAAAAACCUCAACCUAAUGGACGUGCUGUAAUUGACCUGCAAGAAGAUGCUAUUGUUAUGGAAGAAGUACCAAAACAGCAAGCUGAAAUGAAGACUGAAAAGAACAAGAAUAAGAAGAAAAAGAUGAAAACAGAAGUGAAAAAUGUUCAGAAUUCAUUGUCUGUAGAUGGCAAAGAAACUGAUGAUGGUGCAUGGGAAACAAAGAUAAGUAACAAAGAGAAGCGGCAGCAGCGCAGGAGGGACAAAGUGGUGAAUGAGGAUGCUGGUGUCCAGAAGACUGAGGUGCAAGGGAAUUCUUCAGUUGUAGAGCACCGCACUACUGCAACUGCUGCAACAUCUAUCGGUCUGAAAAAAAAUAAAGGAGAGCCAUUUCACGUAAAAUCUGGGAAAGGUGAUGGUAUAAUAUCACAUGUGUCCUCCAACUGGAAUGAAGCUCCUGUUGCAAAUGGAGGAGGAUGGACAGAUAUGGCAAUGAAGCUUCCAGCUUCCAUCUCAAAUGUAGAUAGAGAGAGUUGGGUUAUGAGCACAAAACCUACUUCAUCUCCUGCUAAGCGAACUCCUGAAUCUGCUCCUUGGGGUCAAGAAUCUGAAUCCAGUGGUGGCAAUACAGCAAAGGAGUGGACUGGAGCUUGGAUGGAACACAGAUUCUUCAAUUCUAUUGGAACUUGGGGUGGAGCAGAUGAAAGAAAAGAAGCUACAGAGAAGAAGCCUUCUGCUUUCAGUGCUUUAGGACUAAGUGCUUCAGCUACAGAACAAAGUCCCCAGACCAUCAAAGCUGACUUUCAGGACCAGUGUCUUCAAGAAGAAGUUGAUUAUGCAUGGUCUGGCAUAAGUGACUGUACCAAUCCAGACUGGGUUGCUCCCUCUGUAGAGUGGGGGAAUUGUGAUGAGCAGGAAACCACGCCAUCCCCAGAGUCUGAAGAACCUGUGUUGGAAACGCAUAAGGUUUCUGAUGAUGAUAAAGAAAAGCUUGAUAAUGCUGCUGCAAUUGGUGUUAAGUCAAAAAAGAAAAAGAAAAAGAAGAAGAAACAAGGGGAAGAGUCCAGCGCUCCUGCCCAGUUACAUGAAGAGCAAGAGAAGGCGUCUGCAGUUGAAUUACAAGAGCCUGUACCAUCAGCUCAUGCUGAACCCAAAAUUGAAGAUGGAAAUGUUAAUGAACAAGCUGAAGUGAAUGUUGAUAAUUUCUUAUUGUUGAAACCAGAGCUACCAGUUUCAGUGAUGAAAGAGUCCUCUAUAACUGUUUUGGACAGUACUUCACAGAAGGUCAUUUCACAAGUGCCACAGAGGUUACCAGAGCCAGAUCCUUCAGCUGUUACGAUUGCUAAACAAAACAGCAUGCCUCCUACUACACAAACAAAAUCUGAAGAAAACUGGGAAUCACCAAAACAAGUGAAGAAGAAGAAAAAAGCAAGAAGAGAAACAUGAUUUUUUUUUUUUUUUUUGUAAAAAAAUCGACCUAAACCGAAGAUUAUGCAAAACAAUUUUGGGGGAGACAGCGUCCAUGUUUAUGCAAUAAUUUGAAAGUGUACAGGAUUUUAUAUAAACAUUGACUGUAUGCUUUAUAAUCAAAACUGACCAGUUACAGUCUUGACCAGCAUAUUUGAAUGCCCAGGCAGUCAAGAAGUCUGAAUUGCAACCGGGUGGCGUGCAUCUGAAAGGUGCUGCAAUGUGGGAAUCCGAAAAAAGGCUCUGAAAAGUUCAAGGGAUAUUUUGUAAGGCAGAGCUAACUGAUGAAGUGCAGAAAUUAUUUUAUUUUCCUUACUGUUAAUAACCUGGGUGGGCAUGCAGCAAUCUAGGUUGCUUAUGCAUUUUAAAAGAACUGGACCUUUUGGAAGGGCAAGAUAGUCAUUUUGAGUAGUACUUCAGUUUUAUUGCUAGCAUUUGCAGCAACAUACUAAGUUCUCAUAGGGACAUUUCUUAAACCUUUUGGUGAUUUUUUUGUACGUUUCAGUUUGCAUCACAUAUUGCUCUCGAUUAAACAAUAUAGAAUUAUCACUGGGUAAUUUUACUAUUAAUUAUAGCUUUCUGAAUACAUGGUGUACCAUUUUUGUAUUGCAUAGCUGCUUAGAUAAAAAAAAAAAAAAAAAAAACUUAUUUGAGUCAGUCCUUAAUUAUACAUUUAGGUUUUGUAAAAUUAAGCCAUAUGUACAAUAAAAAAGGCAUUUUUAAAUUGUUGUAUUAGUUUUCUUCAGUCGUGUUUCUUUUGUUUGCUUGCAAAUACAUUUCUGAUAAAGAUCUGAUUGUGGUAUGUUUUUGUCAUUUUGCUUGAAAUCAACAUGGCUUAUCCAGUGCAAUAUGUGAUGUAAUGGUUGUGUUAGGAGACUGUAAUGACACAUUCUCCACAGACAGCUUUAAUCCAUAUAGUCUGGGUCAGUAAUACAGUUUCAGGAGAAAAGAAAUUUGUUGCCUUAACCUCUAGUAUGUGGUGUAUACAUUUAGAUACCUUUACUGCACAUAGGGAUUUUAUAAGAAUUUACAUAGUCUUGGAAAAAAUCGUGUUUUCUUUAUAUUAUCAGUAGUUUGGGGAGCAAAAAAAAGCACUGUUCCUUAAAUUUGUUGACAAUUGAAAUGCCCUAUGUGGUAUAUACAGUAAAAUGGCAGGUGUUUUCAUUUUCUUUUAAAAUCUGUGUACUGCAGUAUGUGCAUUGUAAAUAAAUCUUUUCAAACUUACUUUCUAUCAAUAUGGACCACAAAAACCAUCACUGAUUUUUAAGGUUAAUGUGUGUUGCAUAAAAGAAGAAACCUGACUGUCUCUGAAGCUUUAAGUGCUUUGUUGCAUAAAGGAUGCAUAAUUAAAGCCGUUAUAGCUGUAUGGUACUGAGUUUUGUCACACUGCUGAAUAUUCUCUCCCUGUUUUUACUUUAUUUUUUUAAUAUAAAGUGCAGGGCAAGAAGGUAAUCAUGGUUUAGCUUCAGUAAACCUGCCUUAUUAAUUGUGAUAUCUUGUUUUGCUUUUCCUAAUUAAUGAAUGACUAAAUUUAAAAAAAAAAAUGUAUUUAUACCUUUUGGAACAUGGCAAAUAAUGUUCACAAGAUUCAAAACUUUGUUAAAUACAAUACAAUGAAAUUUCUAAGUUGAAUUGUUUGAAUAAAUUGAGUAACAUCAUGA